CAAAACGGGUGGUUCUCUCUCCUUUCCGUAUACAAGCGCGCUCGCCCAGCGGUCUCGCUUGCGUGCCGGGCUGUGGGCGGCGAGGGAAGCCGGGCAGGGGCCUGGAGAGGAUGGAGGAGAAGCCCUCCGCCAGCAUCAAGCCCUACUUGGACAAGCUGACGCUGGGGGUCACACGGAUACUGGAGACUUCUCCAGGAGUUGCUGAGGUGACAUUUGUGGAAAAGGAGCCGGCUGAACGCCAUGCAAUCAUGUCAUGGGAGCAAAAAAACUCCUGCACAUUGCCAGAGGAUUUAAAGAACUUCUAUCUGAUGACCGAUGGUUUUCAGAUGACCUGGAGUGUGAAGACUGAUGAUACCCCAAUGCCCCUGGGCUCUAUGGUGAUCAAUAGUAUCUCAAAGCUGUGUCGGCUGGGGGGCUCCUCCAUGUACACUCUGCCUAAUGCACCAACUCUUGCUGACCUGGAAGAUGACACAGAUGAGGAAGGUAAUGGAGACAAACCAGAGAAACCACACUUUGAUUCUCGUAGUCUUAUAUUUGAAUUAGACCCAUGCAAUGGGAAUGGAAAAGUUUGUCUGGUUUACAAGCACGCUAAACCAGUUGUCUCCACAGACACAGAGAUAUGGUUCCUGGACAGAGCUCUAUAUUGGCAUUUCCUCACCAAAACCUUCACAGCGUACUACCGCCUGCUCAUUACCCACCUGGGUCUCCCACAGUGGCAGUACGCCUUCACCAGCUAUGGGGUCAGCCCCCAGGCCAAGCAAUGGUUUAACAUGUAUAAACCCAUAACCAUCAACACAGCUCUCCUCUCUGAAGAAGCUGAUACCUUUGUGAACAAGCUCGACCCCAAUAAGGUAUUUAAAAGCAAGAACAAAACUCCAGUGAUGAAAAAGAAACCACCCUCCCAGCCAGCAGGCUCCCAAAAGAGUCACACAAGCAUGACUUCCUCUAAGACAUCCACACUAGCUGGGAAUUCUUCAAGGAAGUGAGACCCCCAGAUCUGACCCUGGACAGCAUUUUCAAUAAGCUUUGAUGUCCUCUGAUGCAGCAGAUCAGACCAAGUUCCUUGUGCAUGAAUAGAGUUGCCCAUGGAAAACACGUUGCAGCAUUUGCAUGAAAUACAGCCACAGUGUGCUUUGACAUGGGAGGGAUGUCAUUCCUGGAGACUCUGAGAUAAAAAAACUUGGGAUGUUGAUUUUACUCCCUUCUGCUACUUGCAGCAUGUACUUCUCAGAGGGCAUGAAGAAGCCCUUGACGUCGCUGCUCUGUAAGGAAGCUUUUGUUCCUGUGCAGCUACAGCAGUGAAAUGAAAGCAAAUGUAAGUCCCUGUUACUUUAAUAGACCCAAACUGAAAUACAGCGUAUUAAGAUAUUUCUGCCGUCUCCUUUGAAAUAAACCUGUCCUGACCUUGCAUGCUUUGGGAGCAGGCUGGAACCCACUAAACAAAGAAGUGUCUUCUGCUUCAAACAGAAUCAAACUCUGCACUUUCCUGUGCUCCUUCCUACUUCUGCUGUGAGAUUCAUGGUAGAAAGGGACCUGGAGCUUCUAUGUCUCUGCAUUGGCCUGCCUGCUUGCUCUGCAGCCGAAAUGGAUUUUUGGCCUUUGUGCCAUAUCUUUUUGAAUAGUGACAUCCGUGUGAUGUCCUUCCCAAUAUGCCUGAAGUUUGCCAGAAAGUGCAAGAUCUCUUAUUACGUCUGCUUUCUCUUCUUGUGGGAACUGCUGAGCCAGGGUGGGUCAAGUGGUGUUAAGUUUCCUGUAAGCUAAGAGCACCCCUUGGUUUGUCACACAGUAAUUUGCAAAGUUGACCAUUCAAACAGCGUUCCUCACUUUUCAAUUGGGCAGGGUCUGACCAGGGGCAACUGAGAUCCUACAGCCUUAGAAGCUCCUGAUGCUGUUUUCUAUACUGUAAGUUUUCAGGUUAGAACUGCACUUUAACCCAUUCACUGCUGGUUUUCAGUUACAUCUGAUUUUUUCCAUUACUUUUCUAUGCCAUUCUGUCUUAGCACAUUAGAUGUGCUGGAAACACAUGGUAGCAACUAACACAUUUGUGCCUAAGCAGGGACAUCAAAGUCACCAUCUUCAAAUAAACAUUGAUUAUUUAAACUGCA